AUGGUUGUCGAUACCGCCUAUUACGAUGCUUUGGGCGUCCAGCCGACUGCUACCGAGCUUGAGAUAAAAAAGGCCUAUCGCAAGCUUGCCAUUAUUCACCAUCCAGACAAGAACCCCAACGAUCCCACGGCGCACGAGAAAUUCCAGACUAUUGGCGAAGCCUACCAAGUCCUGUCGGAUAAUGAACUGCGAGCAGCCUACGAUAAAUAUGGAAAGGAGAGCGCGAAGCCUGGCGAGGGCUUCGUCGACCCCGCUGAAUUCUUCAGCAGCAUCUUCGGUGGCGAGGCCUUUGUUGAUUGGAUCGGAGAGAUCAGCCUCAUGAAAGAUUUGAACACAGCCAUGGAGAUUACGACCGAAGAGCAAGAUGAUGCUGAGUUCCCCGGCACCAAAGACGCCAUACACGAGAGCACCAAGGAUUCCGCCGCUGCAGCCGACCCCAGCACUAGCUCUACUACGGCUCCCACGCCCACCGUCGUCGUUGAGGAUGAGCCUGAGAAACCUGGCACAGCCGCAGCUGGGGUCGAGUCCAAGGCUGGGGAGAUUCAGGAUACUGCGACAAGGCAAGAUGGAGCCCAAGUACCGCCCAGGCAACCCUCCCCCGCCCCCAAUGCUUCUGGAACCUCAACUCCUUCCAGGCACGCUAUACCCAUCCGACCUGCACUCAUGGACCGUCCGUCCGACGAGGCUCAUGUCGAGGGCCAGACAGAAGAAGAAAAGGAGCUGCGGAAGAAAGAGAAAAAGAAAGGAGGCUUGACCAAAGAACAACGUGAGAAACUCGCAGCAUAUGAGGCGGAAAGGGCAAGAGUUCGCCAGGAGCGUGUCGAUACCCUGGCCCGGAAGCUGAUCGACCGGGUAUCUGUCUGGACUGAAACGGACAAGGGAGCCGAUGUUACGAAGGCCUUCCAGGAGAAGACGGCUCUCGAAGUGGAGAACCUUAAAAUGGAGAGCUUCGGUCUCGACAUCCUGCAUGCCAUCGGCGCCGUGUACUUUUCGAAGGCCACGGCCUUGAUCAAGUCCCAGAAGUUCCUUGGUAUCAGCGGAUUCUUCAGCCGUGUCAAGGAUAAGGGUACGUUCUUCAAGGAGACCUGGAACACUAUAUCUUCGGCUAUCGAUGCCCAGCAGACCAUGGAGGAAAUGGCUCGCAUGGAAGAAGCCGGCGGUGAGGACUGGACGGACGAGAAAAAGAUGGAAUAUGAGCGCAAGGUCACAGGCAAGAUUCUCAAUGCCGCUUGGCGCGGCAGCAAGUAUGAAAUCCAGGGAGUCUUGCGCGAGGUCUGCGAUAGCGUGCUCUACGAUAAAAAGGUGCCCCUGAACAAGCGCUUAGAACGAGCUCAUGCACUUGUACUUAUCGCUGAAAUUCUUUCCAAGGCUAAGAGAUCGCCCGAGGAGGAAGGCGAUUACAUGGCUUUUGAGCAGCUCGUUGCCGAGGCAGCCAUGAAGAAAGAAAAGGACUCUAAGAAGAAGGGCAAGGAUAAGGAGGCAAAGAAAGCCGCCACCGAGACAACAGCUUAA